CGAACCUACCUCGCCUACCUUAAGUGACUGGGAGGCCAUGCUCCGCUCUCGAUCUCCCAGGAUGGAAUGGUUGACGGUGGCGUGAAUACAUUGACAUGCAUGCGUUGGCCGGGGUGUGGCCGGGGUGGUAAAGUGACAUUUGAAAGAUCGUCACGUACUCCGAUGCUACCUCAAGGCUAGCAAUGCUUUUCGACUGGUAGUGGCUUUACCUACCAGUCUAUGUAGGGGUAGCCAGAGAUCUUCUGGCAGCAUCCACCAAAGAGUCAGCCCCUCAAAAAAUGGUAUAUAGGUUGCCAGUCGCCACUACAAGUCUGUCACAAUGAAGUUCACUCAAACAUUGGCACCCGCCGCCGCCUUGUUCGGGGCUGUCAACGCUGGAGGAUACCCGGUCUACCCUGUGGAAACUCCUUCCUACCCGGUGGAAACGCCUUCGUAUCCUGCUGAGACUCCUUCUUACCCCGUGGAGACUCCCACUUCAUAUCCUACGGAGACUCCUUCUUAUCCCGUGGAGACUCCUACUUCGUACCCUACGGAGACCCCCUCAUACCCGGUUGAGACUCCGUCGUAUCCAGUUGAGACUCCCACGUAUCCCACGGAAACACCGUCGUACCCCGUGGAAACUCCUACCUACCCUACGGAGACGCCAUCUUAUCCAGUUGAGACCCCUACUUAUCCUACGGAAACACCUUCAUAUCCUGUAGAGACUCCUUCAUACCCUGUUGAAACUCCUACUUACCCAACGGAAACCCCUUCAUACCCCGUUGAGACUCCCACUUACCCAACGGAAACUCCUUCAUAUCCCGUUGAGACUCCUACCUACCCUACCUACAGUCCUACUAGCUACCCUACUUAUACGCCUUCUUACCCUGUGGAAACUCCUUCUUACCCCGUGGAGACUCCUUCUUAUCCUGUGGAAACACCUUCGUAUCCCGUGGAAACUCCUACCUACCCUACAGAGACGCCAUCUUAUCCAGUUGAGACCCCUACUUAUCCUACGGAAACACCUUCAUAUCCUGUAGAGACUCCUUCAUACCCCGUUGAGACUCCUACCUACCCUACCUACACCCCUAGCAGCUAUCCUACUUAUAGCUACCCUACUUAUACGCCUUCUUACCCCGUCGAGACUCCCACUUACCCUACGGAGACUCCUUCGUACCCCGUUGAGACUCCUACUUACCCUACGGAGACACCUUCAUACCCUGUUGAGACUCCUACCUACCCUACGGAGACUCCUUCGUAUCCCGUUGAGACUCCUACCUACCCAACCGAGACGCCUACUUAUCCUGUCUCUACGCCAACAUACCCUGGUAGCUCAACCUUCGUUACUUCGUCUACGGUUUCCAACCCUCCCGCAACCUCCACCAGCCCCGUGGUUGUUCCCACCGGUGCGGCUGCUAAGGCUGGUCCAGUCGGUGCCCUGAUCGUUGCUGGUAUCGCUGCCUUGGCCAUCUAAGAGGACAUAGAAAUUUGAACCUCGAAAUUGUUGUCUAUAUCGAGAUGGCUUAUGCCCAAAGCACUGUUAAUAGAUGGGUAUUUGGGCGAGACGGGGGUUUAGACUUAAUGGGAAGAGGGACGUUUCUAUUCGCUCAUUCAAUCUCGAGGGUUUCCGAAUCAAGGACAACUCUUCGGACAUGAACUUUACGACAAACUUUUUGGGCAACGAAAAAAUCCACGCGGGCUAUUAUUGGUAAUGUCAGGACAUGACGGACGGGUGGGCGUUUUGAUUCAUUGGGCCGAUUGCUCCUCACGACAUAAUACACCUAUAUAACGACACUCCUUUCCCGCAGCAAUGAUGGGUUAACCUGCAAGCAAUUGCGGGACUAAUUUGAUAGAUGAAAAUAUAAAUCGUUUAAAAACUCAUCCUUUCUGUU